AUGGCGACGACGAACCUCGCUGCCGAAACCCACCACUCAAUCUCCGGCGUCCUCCUCCGCCCGUGGCGGCUGCUCCUCGACGUCUCCGCCCUUAGCGUCCCCGUUUCCUUCUCCGAAGCCGCCUUCCGCCUCCGCGCCAAUUUCCUCUACUUCCGCGUCAACUACGCCAUCAUUUCGCUCAUCGUCCUCCUCCUCAGCCUAGUCUUCCGUCCUCUCUCCCUCAUCAUUUUCCUCCUCAUCCUCGCCGCUUGGUUCUACCUCUACCUCUCCCGCGACGAGCCCGUCACCGUCUUUGAUUUCCCGAUUGACGAUCGCUUGAUGCUUAUCGUGCUCGGUUUGGUCACGGUUUUGGACCUGUUUUUGAGUCAUAUCUGGUGGAACGUCUUCGUUUCGUUGGUGAUUUCGGCCGUGAUGCUUGGCUUGCACGCGGUGAUUAGGGCUCCGGAGGAUGUCGAUGAUCAGGAAUCGCCGUACGGGGCGUUGCUUUCGGUGGUGGAUAGUCCGAGAGGGGAGUAUUCCCAGGUUUGA